GAGCCUUUGAGUGAAUUGAAUCUUGAUCGACCUUUAUAUCUGGGAGGAUACCGUCAUUUGUCAACCAUCAAUCCAGAAUCAGGAAUCACAUCACGUUUCAAAGGAGCAUUUCAAAGGCUGGUUCUCAACGGCGAGGUAGUUGAUGACCUAAGGAAAGUAGCUAAAUCUUCGCAGGAUGUUGGACAUUUCUUCGGACCACCGUGUGGACCGAAUCCUUGUCAUAAUGGUGGGAUGUGUUUACCACAACUAAAUAAUUUCCAUUGCAAAUGUCCAGUCGCAUACACUGGUCUUUGGUGUGAGAAAUACGUUGAAAAUAUGUCUGUCGAUGAGCCAGUAAUGUUUGAUGGAAAAACAUACUUAAAUUUUCCUAAUAAGAUUGCUACACGCUUAGAAGAGGAACUACUGGAUGUAAAAGAAAAUGACUUGUUCGGAAAUGGACACAAUCGUAUAGAGGUGACGUUUCGUACAGAAGCGACAGAUGGACUCUUGCUAUGGUCGCAUGAAGAUUUGCCAGUGGUUGGCGAUUUCUUGGCGUUGGCUGUAGUUGACAGUUUCCUGGAAGUAAGUUUCAAUGCAGCAGGAAAUCGAGAACCGCUCCUCAUCCGCCACAGCUUUGCAGUCAACAAUGGCCAGUGGCAUCGGGCCGUAGUUGACAGAAAUAACAGACAUGGAAUGCUCCAAGUUGAUGACGAUACACCAGCCGUUGUCACUUCGAAACCAGAAACAAAGCAUUUAAAAACAGAUGGAGUUUUAUGGAUAGGAGGCUGCUCAAACUUACCCACCGGACUCCCUUCAGCCUAUUAUCUAAAUUUCGUGGGCUGCAUACAUUCCGUGAUUGUGGACGGCGAAGCUUUGAAGAUCGCAGCUCACGGAGUAGGACAGCCCUGCCAGCGGACGUGACAUAAAUUGGAGAAUCGUUGCGAAACUUGCACUGGUGCUAUGACUACGGACCCUGUUACGUAAAUAAAUAAUAACUGCGUACCGACAGGGAGCUAAAAUAAAGCCCUCACUAUUUAUAUUCGUUAUACAUACUGAUUCUAAAACAUAAAAAUAUACAAUAGACUGAUUGAUAUGUGACUUUACCUGUUCCUAACAAAUUGAUAAUUGAUGUGAUAGGAUGAAUUAAGCAUGGAACUAAAACCUCCAGGUUUAUAACAACAAUAUGAAAUUCAUUGUAUGUAUAUGUUUGUAUAUAUAUGCAUCAUUUACUUUUUUGUGCAUGUGCAGACUAUUUCCAAAAUGAUUGCACGAUUUAAUAUCUCUUCAACGACUGGUCCUAAUCUCAUGGCCUCAACUUAGAAGAUUAAACAAAAGAAGUAAGAUCUUCUGAAUAUGACAGUUAUAAUCACAUGACACAUUUAAGUUAGAAAUAUGCAAAAUUUACACUUUACACGCUCUUCCAAAACAGAGGACGAGUCUCUUUAUUUGGUAAAUACUUUAUUUAAAGGAAAACAGAUCUGGAAUUAUAACGGACCGCAAACAAUUUUUAAAAUCAUAUGUCCUGAAUAAAUUUCUUCGAUGAAAGUCGUCUAUUUGAACAAUUGAUAAAAAAUUAUGUAUGUUAGUAAACUUUCGAAGCUUUCGAAUUUCUGCACUUUCUUUAAAAGAAAAUUUCAAAUCUAUAUUUGUACAUUCAAAUUUGUCUUACGUAAAAAUUAUCAUAUUUAGGUGUCCGGAUAUUUAUCUAAUAAUAAAAAGUUUAAAUAUCUGGGGAAUGAAUAAUAUUAGGAUCGUUAGGUUUUGUUUUUCUAAGAAAGCAACUCCACAAAUGACAUACAAACAUGUAUGCAAAAUAAAUUUAGUUCAAUUUAACUAAUCUCUUUAAUUAAAUGAAAAUAAAAUUUUAAAAAUCAGCUUACUUGUUAAUUAGAAAAUGUCUAUGUGCUCUGUUUUGUCUGCUCGACAAAUAUCAAGGCAGUUCUCAAUCCCUCUCCAUGUGUUCUGUGAAAUUUGAGGCAUCGUGAAUUCAUAUGCAGCGACAAUUUUUUUCGAAGUUCUUACAUGUCUUGCGCAAAUGUCUUAAUUUUAUUCUAAUAAGGAAGCACUAGGGCUGGAAAUCAAGUCAUGUGAUUUGGGUACCAUUUAAGUAUGAAAUUCUUUUUCAUUUCAAUUGUGUGGAAAAUGGCUAUCCCAAAUAUUUUCUAAGAUUCCGAGGAAUAUUCUUUCACUCGCAAGCAAACGUGCAGUGCAUGCACUGUAGUAACAAAAUCACUUACAGAUUAUCAGUUUUUCUAAGUUUUCUCUUUCAGAAAACAAAUUUGGGUCACGCGGUCGCUAUUAGUUACAGGAAUAAUUAAAUGUUCUUUUGAUAAUUAUUUAUCUGGAUACCACAUAUGAAUUGGCAUUCAGCCGCUUAAUUGCUUUAGAUAUCUUUAUUUAGUACUUGACGUACUUUCCUCUCGAAUGUGAAAGUUCACAGAAACUUGCGCUAAUUUUUUCUGUGGCAAAAUCUCAUUUUAUUAUGUAAAAUUUGUAAAUUUAUAAAAGCCAACAAAAACUUUAAUUCAUGACAUUUUGGAUGCUUAUGAUCGCAUGAUGAUGUAUUUUUAUUAUUUUUUCUUUAUUUAUUAUACGAAUUUGGACGUAAAAAUUAUUUUAAUCAUUCACACCGUUUUUUCUUCUACGUAAAUAGUACAACAAGAAUACAAUCUUAUAUACAUCCAUAAAAAACGGUUUCAAAAGCUGUAAGAAUGUAUUAAGUUUAAAGAAUUGUAUUUUAAUUCAAUCUUAAAGUGGAUCAACAACUAUAAGAGCUAUUUCAUGUACAUACUAUAUAUAUAUGCAUACACACUUGCGCAUUAUAUAUAUUUAUAAUAUACGUGCAAACCAUUUCGAAACAGCCUGUACAUGUGCAUGUUAACUCUUUGUAGUCAUUUAAUAUUAGAAUAAAUUUUGCAUAAUGUUUUAUAAAUCACGUGGACUGAAAGCUGCCAGAUCUGUAUAAAUAUAUACUCUUUAGUUUCUUUAUAUCAUACUUCACUUGUGCACAUGGUAUCAAGGAGUAAAAAUACUACCUUCUGCUCAAGGAGAAAUAUUGAGCUUAAAAUUACACUAUAGAUCAGAUUUACAUCACUGUCAAAACUUUAAUAUUUAUGUUAUGUUGAUGUCUCCAGUAUUUUUAUCUUCAAAUGGAAAAGGGUGACAUGUGCUGUCAGUUCUAGUCGAUUGGUUUCAGUAUCAUUCCUUUGAAAGAAAUAUAGGUAAACUGUGUUUUACCUUGAAGAUAUUUCAAGUCUGCUUCUGGUUGAUAUUGAAAGACGAGUAAGAAGUUUACACAAAGGGGAAAAGAAACCGCACAAAGGGGCCUUGUAUAUAUACAAGAAAAGGAAUUCUUGUUGGACAUUGACAUGAAUUCUUCGUUUUAUAAAAUGGAAAUUAAUAAUUAUGUAUAGUUUUAAGCUAAUCACAUUUUUAAAUAAAGUCAUUAAAAUGUA